AUGACGAACGUCUCCGGCUCUUCUGGAGGCACAGGGUCUAGCCUGGCCCAGGUUACGGUCAUCGUUGCAGAUCGAUAUGGCUUCAAACGUAAGCAGCGCCUUUGCUCCGAUAUGAAAAAUUAUCGGAAGCCGCUGCUUCAGCGUUAUGUUGUGAGGAUACUUUUAAUGGUUCCGAUAUACUCCGUCUCGUCGUGGGUGAGCAUCGUUUCGUUGAAAGCCUCUGCUUUUAUAGCACCGAUCCGUGAUAUCUAUGAGGCAUUUACGAUAUAUACAUUUUUUCAACUCCUUAUCAAUUUGGUUGGCGGAGAACGAGCUCUCAUAGUCAUGACACACGGACGCGCACCAGUGCAGCAUGCUUGGCCGCUCAACCACUUCCUUCGUAAAGUCGAUAUUUCCGAUCCCCACACCUUCCUUGCUAUAAAGCGUGGUAUUCUGCAGUAUGCAUGGUUAAAGCCUAUCCUUGCUUUGGCUUCCAUAAUAAUGAAAGCUACCGGGACAUACCAAGAGGGCUAUCUUGGGCUCUCUUCUGGAUACCUGUGGACCGGGAUUAUAUACAAUAUAAGCGUCACGCUCAGUCUUUAUUCAUUGGCAAUGUUCUGGUGGCUUGGAGCUCUACCCAAUGGCGUUGCAGGCUACAGUCCAGAUAACCUUGCCGCAGCAAUCCAGGACAGUUUGAUUUGUUUUGAAAUGCCUAUUUUCGCCCUUACCCACUGGUAUGCGUUCUCCUGGCAUGAUUAUGCCGAUGCAUCUGUAUCAGCUGCGCGGAUGCCAGUGAAGUUUGCUAUUCGGGAUGCAUUUGGAAUCCGGGAUCUCAUCGAAGACACCAAAGAAACUUUCCGUGGAGAAAACUACCAGUACAGACUAUUUGACUCUGGUGAUAAUGUAAUAGCGCAUGAGGAAUCUGAAUCACGCUUAGCCAGAGUGAUGGAUGGUAAAGCAACAAGUCGAACGCCCCUCUUAAGCUCGCCAAGCAACAGCCGAAGGAACUCCAAAGGCUGGUCGAAACGAGGUAGUGCAAAUGAUGGAAGCCUGGAUAAUGAUGAUCUGGAGGACAUGACACUCAACGAGGAAGACGAAAGACUCUUCACAAAUGCGAGAGCAUUAGAGUUCGGAGAUUAUAAUUAUCCAGUGAUAACGGCCAAUGAGGUGCCACCCGACCAGCGACUUCCACGACGGACGAGGCACUCGGUAUCCAACCCAGCUCGAAACAACACCGAAUCAAGCUAUGUAAAGAGAGCAGCUAAACAUAGAAACAGACGCAUUCAUAAUAACGAAGCGUCAGAGAGCUCUUCAGGCCGUAGGUCAAAUCGCAAAUCGAAACACUCUGUUAAUGGAAACAAAGAACACAGCAGCUCCAGCAUCUCCCCCCAGUCCCGUUUGAGGCGGAGCCAACUAAUUGAUCUCGUGGAUGACGUCGGCGAGACCGAACGUGAACGCUUUGGGGCGCCUGGGGAACAACAAAACAUAGCUAAGGAAGCCUGUUUAGUUGAUCAGCCCGUAAAUGCGAACGGCCGAUAUGAAAGCAUCGAAGGCAGGCGCAUGGUCGAGCAGCCGACAGAACAACUCAGAUCGGCUGAUGAGGAUAAUGAGGCAGACACCGAAAGCCUUGCAGGGAGAAACAUGGCGUAUGGGUCAUUCAACGAAGAACGCGACGCUUGGGGUGGAUGAAUUUAGGACCAGUGGUUUUAUGAGUGGGAUGCGAUAAUUAUCUUGUUGCAAUAUAUCCAAUUUAUUGGCUCAUGGAUCAAGCCCCCUUUUUUUUUUCUUGAAUGUGUACGUACAGUACAGUACAUGGCUUAUUGGCAUGGCGUUCUAGGGAAGUGGGAACGGACUUUCUACCUAGUCAGUGUCCUUUGAAACAGCGCAAGGGGAUAUCAUUAGCCACUUUUUGUUUCGAUUCAUUUCUAGUUUUGACAUGUGGCAAUAACAAUGGAUGAAACUUCCAUGGUUGUUUUU